AUGGCUAACAAAGAAAACAGUAUGGACACCGGCGACGAUGUAGAUGCUCAACAAAAAGAAAUCAAAGCGAUGAAGCGAAAAUUCGAUGAAAUGUCGGAAAAGCUCCAGUCGAUGGAAGAAUCAAUUUCAAAAAUUUCGAAAAUCGAAGCUCAUGUAGGUUCAAACCAAGAAGAACAUGAAAAAUCGAUAAAUCCAACUGCAGCGACGAAUCAGGAAAAAAUGACGGCAGAAUUCGGAAAGCAUUUUGAAUUGAAGCAUGUAUUCGCAAAUAUCGCUGAAUGGUACAAUGGUGAUUAUAAAUACAGUGAAGAUGAAGAGCAUUUCAAGAAUUUGGCCAGCGAAUCAUCCGAGUACCAGAAAAAGUUUGGAAAAUCAUUCGUACUAAAGCAUGUGUUCAAGAAUGUGGGCAAUCUUGGAGGAUCUUCUGAAAGUGAAAAAGAAGACCAUUUCGGAAUGUUUUGGUCGAUGUGUUUGGAAUGGAAAGACGGGGAUCUCAUACUCUUUGUGGAUUUCUCUAAUCCAAUAUCUUUGGAGAAGAAGUGGUCGAUUGAAACAAAAAUAGAAGUGAAAAUUAUCGGUAAAAAGCGAAAUGUCUCCGUCGGACCGACGUCUCGUUGCUUAAAAGCAAGUGGUAAAGUGGAUUUCGAACGAUAUCCGUAUUUUCCGUGUUUGGAAGAGCUAGAAGAAGGACUUUUGGGCGCCGCGCCUCCCCUCUUUCUUAUAUAG